AGAGGUUGUGAUGCCCGAUGAGCAGACAGGCUUAGUAAAAGAAAACUAUGUAUGGAGUGUGUUGUUGCACCGUGGAGCCACUGAAGAAGGAGUCUUUCUGCAUAUUCCACCUGGCAGCUAUGAUCACGACCUCUUUGCCAUGACCUGGGGACCUACUGUUGCAGCUCUUUCCUACGUUUUUGACAAAAGCUUAGAUGAAGCAGUAAUCCAGAAGACUAUUUCUGGUUUCAGAAAAUGCGCCAUGAUCUCUGCUCAUUACGGCCUCAGUGAUGUUUUUGACAACCUCAUCAUUUCUCUCUGUAAAUUCACAGCCCUUAGCAGUGAGUCAAUUGAGAAUUUGCCAACAGUUUUUGGAAGCAACCCAAAAGCCCACAUUGCAGCGAAGACUGUGUUCCACUUGGCUCAUCGACAUGGCGAUAUUUUACGAGAGGGCUGGAAAAACAUAAUGGAGGCAAUGUUGCAACUUUUCAGAGCAGAAUUAUUGCCAAAAACCAUGGUGGAGGUUGAAGAUUUUGUAGAUCCCAAUGGCAAGAUCUCUCUUCAGCGAGAGGAAACCCCUUCUAAUCGGGGAGAGUCUACAGUGCUUAUCUUUGUUAACUGGCUGACACUCAGUGGCACAGAACAGUCUGGUAUGAGAGGACCAUCCACAGAGAAUCAAGAAGCAAAGAGAAUGGCCCUGGAAUGUAUAAAGCAAUGUGAUCCAGAGAAGUUAAUCACUGAGAGCAAGUUUCUGCAACUUGAGUCCCUGCAGGAAUUAAUGAAG